GAAGUGCUUAAAUAUAAAAAAAUCAGUUGAGGGCCAACAUUCAUAGAAAAAAAUGUGCUUUUGUGCGAUUGCAUUAGUUAAAGAUCACAAAAUUGUUGAAACUAUUCGAAAUUUUCCGGAAAAAAGAAAAAAGCGUCAACUUAACCUGACAUUUCAUACUACAGUGUUGCGUUUUGCCUAAACGUUGAGGUCAAGUCGUUUCGCAACGAUUUCCAGGGUAGUGUUCAAUAACCGGCAAAGUAAUUAGUAACAGGUAUCCAAGUGAAGAAAAGGAAAACUGCGUGUUGUCGUCAAAAUGCUUUAUUCUGAGAAACGGCUCGAACAGGCCAAUGGCUUAUCAGUUUGGGUGAACGGGGGAGGACCUUUUCCGUCCCGAGGUAACAAGAGGCAUCACAACAAAGCCUCCCGUUAGUCCCGUUGAUGGAUCGUAUCGAUUUAGUUCGUUCGUUGCAGUGGCAGUGAUUGUGGUUAUGAAUGUGCGAAAAUUCAAAUUUGGCGGUCCCGGGUGACGUGUCAGAUGACUUGCCAAAACCGUUUCCGUGUGAUCUCCUCCGCGACGUGAACGAAACUGAGCAGUUGGCGAUGGUGAAGGCGUCGUGAAGGCGCGUGAAUCCGCCCCCGACGAGUUGUCGCGUCGCCCCGAGCCCGUCGAGGGCCGCCAAAGUGGUUAAAAGAGCCGCCCGAGCGAGUUUUGCCUCAUAUGCCUUUCCGCACCGGCCCCGUCGGCGGUCGGCGGCGCAGCCGUUGGCACGAUCAUGUUUAUGUAGGGCGCACGCGCACAUCAGUUUACAGUUGGGUCUCGGAAAAUGGCGUCAGCUAAGUUUCUCGAGGAAGCUCUGAGUACGGACGUGGACGAAUCGGCCGUGAGUGCGAUCGUGGGCUCCCUGGAGAACCAGCUGGUGACGUCCUCGUCCCCGGCGCCCGCCGCCGCCGCCCAGAACCACGUGAACAGCGCCAUCUCCAACGGCGGCGCCGUCGGGCCCCCCAAGCACCCCGCGGUCGCCAACGGCGACUCCGACGCCAAGGCCGACGCCGCCCCCGUCAAGAUCGUCUACUCGCAGUCCAUGGCGGGCGCCGUGCUGCCCGGCGCGCGCGUGCCGCUGCCGCCCAACGGCGCGCUGCCCCCGACCCCCAAGCAGCAGACGCUGGUGAUCAAGACGUGCGCCGCCGCCGCCGCCCCCGGCCUGGUCACCGUGCCGAUGAACGUGACCACGUCUGUGCCUCCGGCGAACAACGUAGGUAGCCCCAGUACUCAGUCCCCAAACAUCCUUUCCAACCUCCAGGUUGUCAAUGUACGGCCUGGCGUUCCCACACAGCAGCAGAAAGGACAGACGGCACGUGUCGUGCUCAGUGCACCACAGAUUGUCGGGGCCCGCCCAGGAGCUCCACAAUUAACAUUACAAACAUUUCACGGUUUGCAACCCGGCCAACAAGGUCAUUUGCUUCUCAAGACUGAAAAUGGACAGUAUCAACUGUUAAGGGUGGGACCUCCACCUGCUGCAGCAAAUCUCACAGCGACGUCAACACCUGGUGGUCAGCCGGUUACGUUGCGAAUGCAAACAGUAGCUGCCGCGCCGACGAGUUCAGUAUCGACUAGCCCCGCGGUGGCUGGUGGGACCACAACAGUGACAACACAAGGUCAGAACGUACAGACUGUAACGACUGUUCAGAGACCGGCUAAUGACAAUACCAAAGAAAAGUGCCGUAAGUUCCUAGCAAACCUUCUAGAAUUAUCAAGUAAAGAACCCAAGUCAGUUGAACGUAGCGUAAGGACUCUUAUACAAGAACUGAUUGAUAUGAAAGUUGAACCAGAAGAUUUUUGUGACAAACUGGAAAGAUUAUUGAAUGCAUCGCCACAACCGUGCCUAAUCGGAUUUCUAAAGAAAAGCCUCCCUCUGCUACGCCACUCACUCGUAACAAAAGAACUGACGAUAGAUGGCAUCCGUCCUCCACCCGCCAACAUAGUUUUUUCCAUAGCCAGCGGCACUCCAACCGUUCAGACGCCAGCACGACCGGGUCUUGCUUCGAAUCAAGUCAGAAUAGUAGCACCUGGCACUGCUGUAGUCAGACCAGGACAAGUCCUCCAACAACGGCUUGUUACUCCGUUGCGAGGUGCUACACAGCAGGCACCCAGAAUGGUUACGACGAUACGACAGCCCAACUCAUCGGGCAACGUGAUAGUUUCGAGUUCACAACCUCCGGCGCUCCACCCUGUAUAUCCGGCGAACCAAGUCAGGGCAGGGGCGAAUGUAAGACAGCCUUUACAGAAUAAAUCUCCAAUGACGUCGGUCAAGCUCCAAGGAAUCAAACCCGCAGUGCCUUCAAUAGUCUCUCGACCUACCGCCAAAGAGAAGGAGAAGAAAUCGUUCUCGUCGGCGUACACCGGCGACGACGACAUCAACGAUGUCGCCGCCAUGGGAGGUGUCAAUCUCGCUGAAGAAACGCAAAAGAUUUUGGGGUCGACGGAGUUUGUCGGCACGCAAAUCAGAUCGUGCAAAGAGGAAAUCAUGUGUUCAAUGGGACCUUUACAGCAAAAAAUUAGACAGAUAGUGAUGAAACACGGUCUCGAAGAGCCGAGCGCAGAUGUUGCUGCGUGUAUUUCGCAUGCGGCGCAGGAACGUCUCAAGAAUCUUAUUGAGAAAUUAGCGGUAAUUACGGAACACAGACUGGAAAUUGUUAAAACCGACCAACGAUACGAAGUUACGAAUGACGUUAAAGGUCAACUAAAAUUCCUUGAAGACGUUGACCGAGCAGAAAGAAAAAGACACGAAGAACUUGAACGGGAAAUGCUGCUGCGGGCAGCAAAAAGUCGAUCGAAAACUGAAGAUCCCGAACAAGCGAAGCUCAAAGCGAAAGCCAAGGAGAUGCAGAGGGUGGAGAUGGAGGAACUGAGACAACGCGAAGCAAACGCGACAGCUUUGCAAGCAAUCGGACCUCGGAAGAAGCCAAGGCUGGACGGAGAUGCACAUUCGAGUUCAUCACAAGCUGCGAUGGGUGGCUUCAACAGCGGACUGAGGGGGCAAAUGCCGUUGCGGCAACGGAUGAAGAAAGUGACGUUAAGGGACUUGCAGUUUCUAUUUGAGACGGAAAAAGACCUUAGCAAAAGUAAACUUUUAUACAAAUCAUAUCUCAAGUGAUGCUCGCUUCUCGUCAGUGUUGUGAUAUUCAGAGACAUUGUGGGUGCCCGAAUUUGUUUAUUCUCAUUUUCUGUUAUUGUUAUUUAUUGAUGAUUUAUUAGUUCAUUUUAUUGAUUUAGAUCGUGUAAACACUAUUUUAUCAAUUAAUUUAGCACUUUUUGUAUUCUUUGUAAUAACAGCGAUGUCCGUUGAGUGAUUUUAGUAUGAAUUCGUAGCUUAAAAGAACAAAAGCCGUUUGCAUUGUUUACAGUGAGUUAAGGAACCUUUCAGGAGACAUGUUUUGUAUCAAAACACUCAAACCACUUUUAUAUAUAUAUAAAUAAAUGUCGAAAAUAAAACUAGAGACUGCCGCAAUGCAAGCUUCAUAUUUUCCUACAUAGUCAAGAAAAGUUGUUUUACACAUACUUUUUGUUGAUAGUCUCAAAAAAAUAAGAAAUGGAGAAAAAAUAUCGUAGUUUUUUCUACAGAUAUGUAAGGGUGUAAAUAAAUUGUAGAUUUUCUAUAAUGAUGCGAGUUUUCUUUAUAAGAAAAUAUUUUAAGAAGGUCAUGUUAAUAAUUUGUAAUUAGUUGUAUAAUUGUUUUUUAAUCUAACUAUGAAUAUAGAUAUAUAUAUAAUUUUUGUUAUAGAAGUAAUAUUUAAUAUAAUAAAUUGAUUAUUUGAUUCUAGUUUUGUUUAUUGUAAAUACAUGUGUUUAAGCCACAUUUUAUAGCAAUUAUUUUGUAAUAAUAAAUAACCAUAUCUAUUUUUACUACUAAAAUGUCACUAGUUGUCACAAGGUUUUAGUUCUUUUGUAUGUGCAUUACAGGAUGCAAUGAGAUAAUCUAAGUACGUUUUCCACAUGUUGGUACUUCAGAUUUGUACAUACGGUACUUAAUUUAAGUUGUUUAUAUUUAGUAGCAGAUUGGCCUUAUUAUUGUCCCUCUUAAAAAAAAGUACAAAUGCAUUGUUUUGGGAUUCAAAUAAAUUGUUGUUUCAUUUUACAAAUA